AUGGCUCCAAUACAGUUAAAGAGAGAAGAUACCUUUCAUAUAUUGAACCGUAAAACUGAAGUACAAUUCAUAGACUCUGACGCUGACUAUAUGAUGUUUGUACAAGAAACUUGGCUCAAUGCAUUUUUAUGCCUUUGCACUCUCUGCUCUUUCAUUACGCUACCUUCCUUGGUUUUAUCGCACAUUAUCACUGGUUUUAAUACAUUGGGAUGGAGAAUGGAACAUGGGGAAAUGGUAGCUUUCAAAGACAAGAACAUUUAUGGACCACUAUUACCUGUGCAACAAGGAAAUGAAUACAUUUAUUGA